AUGACUACCUAUGAGCUGCUCUAUGGUAGAAAGUGUCGAUCCCCAAUUCAUUGGGAUGAAACAAGAGAAUGGAAAUACCUAGGCCCUGAGUUGGUCCAAAAAACAAAUGAGGCAAUAGAUAAGAAUAGAGCACGAAUGCUUACUUCGCAAAGUAGGCAAAAGAGUUAUGCAGAUCCCAAGCGUUGGGAUAUUACGUUUCAGCUGGGAGAUCAUGUCUUCCUGCGUGUAUCACCAAUGAAAGGAAUCAGGCGCUUUGGAAAGAAAGGCAAACUAAGUCCUAGAUUUAUAGGACCUUUUGAAAUACUUGAGAAGGUUGGACAAGUUGCUUAUCGGUUAGCCUUACCUCCAUCGUUAUCGACCGUGCAUAAUGUAUUUCAUGUUUCGAUGUUGAGGAAGUACGUGUCUGAUCCAAUGCAUAUACUGAGUUAUGAGGCAUUGGAAUUACAACCAGACCUGUCUUAUGAUGAACAACCAGUGCAAAUUCUGGAUAGGAAGGAAAAGGUCCUUCGAAGCAAAACCAUAGCGUUGGUUAAAGUGCUCUGGAGGAAUAGUAAAGUGGAAGAGGCCACUUGGGAGUUGGAGUCUGACAUGAGGACUCAAUAUCCAGAGUUAUUCAGUGAACUCUAUAAUCUGAAUUCUUUGUUUUUGGAUAAGUAUUAA